AGUAAAUAACUGGUGAGCGAGUUCAAGUUGUUGAGGGUGGUCGUCCGCCGAGCUGGCGGCUACGUCAGCUAACUUACACAGAUUGCUGCGUUGACAUGGAGACACACACAUGCACCCCCGCGAGGUGUUCACUCACAUAUACACGCACACACACAUGGUCUCGCACACCCUACAUUGAUGAACAAACACAUGCACUCCCUGUGGGUCAGUGACUUAAUAUGCACAUACUUACACAUUGUUGAUACAGACACACACACACACACACACACCCUGAAGGUCAGUGCUGUGAUGGACAGCAGUGGUGAUGCGCUGUGACACAAUCAGCUGCUUCCCUUCAUUCCCUCUCGCUUUUCCCCCGUCAGGUGACACCCAUGAAAUAAAUAAAUUAAUAAAUAAGUCAAUAAAUAAAAUACCCUACCUCCUGAGGGUCUAAUGGGUGCUCGUGUGUCAAGUCCAGAAGCAGCAGGUUACCAUCUAGUCAGUCCUUAAAGGUGGUUGCAGACUACCGAACAUUUUUUCAUUGGCUUUUGAACAAGGACUUUUUGUAACAGUGUAUGAAAACAAUAAUGAUCUCAUUUACUUUUCCAGAGUGAAAUCUGAGCCCGUUUAUUUGAACACAAAGUUAUUCUUUUGUUUUAUGACUGGCAACAGGUGGAUACACAAUUUGUACCUUUCGCCAUCUAGUGGAAGAGUAUUGAAUUAUUCUUCCUGUCACUACAUGUCGCCGGCAUAGAUAGAUGAACAAAUAUACAAUAUGUGUAGCAAAUAAAUAAUCAUUUCAUCACAAUCAAUAAUCAGUCAUAGUGUUGGGAAUGACUGUGUUAAUGCGGUUAGCAUUGCAAAGAGUAGCAGGUCGCGCGGAACUAAAACAUCCAGUUUGAGACCAAAGAGAAGGGCACAACUGUCUGCAGAGGAAAAACCCCAACGACUCAUAGGUCCCGUCAUAGCUGAACCUUGAUAUCUGCCCUUUUCACAUAUGAAGCCAGCAGACUUUGAAGGGCUGCCUUUUUACACGCUGGACAGCGGCCAACGCUCGUCCGGCCCUCGUCUGUAUAAUUUGCCUUGUGUGUUCAUUUAAGAGUGAAAGUGGAAAUGUCUCAUUGUUUGCUCCCAGCGGCUGCAACUGACAUAAUGUGAGGGCAGGACACUUUGCAAGCUUGGUAUGUUUUUUUUUUGUUUUUUUUUAUAUUUAAUAUCAGCAUUCAGAAAUCUCUCGGGGAAUUAUUCUUAUACAAUAUUUGCUCCUUUUUUGACUUGGAUAAAAACAUUUGCUCGGCAGCUAACUUGCGGUUAGCUUAGCCUAUCCUAAAAAUUCAAUUUCUAGUGUUGAAAUUUUUUUUUUUUAGCGCGGAAGAAAAAUUCUACUGCCAGAAAGUGGACAGGCUACUCAGGCUACUACAGGCUUAGCUUUUGUAUAAAAGUAGUCUUUUGGUCCAGUUGCCUCCACCUAAAUCUUCAAUAAAGCAAAUGACUAAAAAUUCUCAGCAACAUAGAGCACAGAAUAGCUUUGGGGUGUUGCUUUCCUUUGAUAAGGAAGUGGGGAAAGGGGCUUGGGGGGUCGGGGGCUUGGGGGGGGGGUCUGUGGUGAAUAAUUGAUAGUGGCUGAGAGCGAUAUGAGUUUAGUUAAUGUGCCCAGCAGCGCACGCUCAGAGAAGAGCUGUUAGCCAUCCCACCUCAGGCCUCAAACUCACAGAGUGGAAGGAGAGAGGAACACUCAUCUCGAGUUGGAGGAGAGUUUUCUAUUUUAAACAAAUAGUCCAUCUUAUAAGACAUGCGGCAAUAUGUGUGUGUUUGGAUGCAUGCGCACAGCUGGCUCUGCCUGGUGGGCGUGUUGUCGGAGCCCUCCGGUUCCUUUCUCAGAGCCGUAAUGGACUGCGACUGUCAGGCUCCGCAGAUGCCGCUCCAUAAGGACGCUUAGCUCAUCCUUGUCUUCAUCCUCCUCAUCAUCUUUCAGUCUCUUUUCAAUUUACCACUGCAUCAGGAGGCCCAUUUUAGUAUUAAUAUUGGAAGAGAGAGAAAAAAAAAAUCCUUCAUUGUACAAGGCAAGCUCGACAGUGACAAUAAAAUACAGAAAUGAUGGAAAUAAAAAUGUUAAUAUUUAGACUAAAACCUUGAAUUGGGAGAAUCUCAAGAGUAGCUUCUCUCUGUAGCAGGACAAGAACCUGAUGUCUGAAGUAGACAUGGUCCAGCUUUUUUCAGAAUCUUCUGCCAUGGCAGUCUUGCUCAAGAGUACGUCAAAUGUUUAACAUCAGGGUCCCCCCGCAAGUCAGUCAUCUAGUCAGGGACCCUUCGAGAGGCAUCAAGCUGCCUGUCGUGCCGAUACGGCCAAAUGGAGGCUGACAGGCCGCUACAUAGAGCCUAACCAUCUGGAGCAAAUGUGACAGCGGGGGGGGAAGACCAUGUCUGCUCAAUCAGGAGGAAGGGCAGGAGAGCUCGGUGACACGGACGACCAGGAGGAGAAGGUAGAUAUCUCGAAAGGCACACGGGAGUUCCUUUUUUUUUUUCUUCUGAGUCGAAGAAGCUGUUUGUCUUUCACCGUGCACGACAGCUCAGCAAUAUCGGAAUAGUAGGUCGGUUGAUAAUUUGAUGGAUGGAUCGCUGUAGAUAGCUACGCAGAUAUCUAUUGUUAAAUCUAUUGUAUCCUUAGUUCUACACAACAUUCAGCUUACUUUCAAAGUGACUAAAUGUGUUGGUAAUGAGGAAAAUAGCAAUUAGUAGUCCUCAUCACGGAUGAAUUGAGAAUCACGUCAAGUAUUAAGAUGCCAUCACUCACUGGUGUAACCUUUAAGCUCAACUUGGCUGCAAGGUCUGGAGCACAUUUGACAAGGCAAAGUGGAGGUGCUUGCAGGGUAAAGGGGUGUAAGGGUGGGGUGGGGUGGGUAGGGUGGCUGCUUUAUUGUAGUGCCUGAGGGCGACGCUCCCAGUCAAUAUAAAUGUGCACGCUCGCUCCUGCUGUGCUCCCAUUUGAGUCCAGGGACGGACGAGAGGCAGACAGACAGCACCGGGCGGGCGGGCGGGCGGGAUAACAGCAUCACUUUGAUGAGACGCACGCUUCACACUUUGCAGGACUGUUGUGUUCUUGGAAGAAGACGACUCCCAAUCCCUGAAAUCACAACAAGGCACUAAGAAAAUGCAUCUGAACGUCGCCAACCGUCCUCAAAGCUGAGGGGCAAAUGAUCAUAAAUCGAUUGCAACUAGUCUUGUGAAUGAUCUUAACCUGAAUACAUUUCCCAAAUAUCGAGAGCAGUCAUGUCCAAGGACGACGUUUGCAAAGUGACAUCUGCCAGCAAACACAAGGAGCGCAAACCCAAGAAGCCUCACUACAUCCCUCGUCCGUGGGGCAAGCCCUACAACUACAAAUGCUUCCAGUGUCCCUUCACCUGCAUGGAGAAGUCCCACCUGUACAACCACAUGAAAUACAGCCUGUGCAAGAACUCUCUGUCCCUGCUCAUCGAGUCAGACUGGCCCUACAAAAAGGGCAACAAUGUCUUGCACCCUAACCAGCUGCGGCCGCUACAGCAGAGCCUCCGCGGGGCGGGGAAAGAAGCCCAGGACCAGGCGACACAGAUUGAGGAGGGGCAGCAGAGGAGCGUGGAGGAGCAAGUGGACGAUGGGGAAAACCAAAGACAGGAAGCAGAGGAGGCUCGGACAUUGGCGAAAGAGCGCGCCGAAAAAGGGGACGCGGGAGAAUGCAAAGCAGAUUCUCAGUUGUUGAUGGCAGACAUGCUCUCCCUGGAAGACCAGCUCCUGCGAGCGCGCUCUGUGGAGGUGGAGGCCCAGUUGAAACAUUACAAGACACUAUCCAAGACCUGUUUGACAGCUCCCGGGUCGCUCUCAGACCAGUGGCGCCUCCUAACCGCCAGCAAGGCCAAAACGGAAAGCGCUCAGGCGGGAAUGAACAGUUCGAUCCCAUGUUACCCUCCCCCGUCAAACCUGGCGGACUACCAGGACCCCAACGGGCUCAACCUUUCCGUACUCGGGGUGGGUUAUCCCAUCGGUCCGAGUCUUUUCUCCUACAUGAACUCUGCGCUUCCCUCCACUCCAACCCACGCGCAGCUCGCCCAGCUCCCGUUCCUGGCUUCUGCCGCCCAGCUGAUUCAUCCAGCCUCAGGCAGCCAAACAGACAGAACUCUCAUCCCCUCACGGCUCUACUACCCUUUCCUGUGCGAACACAGCUUUGGACUGGCGUCCAGUCAGAGUGAUAGCAGUAAAGGACACAAAACAUCCACAAACACUGUCGAUGCACUUUCUUUAUCUGGUUUCCAGCCCAAAGUGAAUCUGUGGAAAGUGCCCGCCUUAAGGCCUGGGGCCGCCACGGUUUCCCCUGUCGCUCGGAUGUCACCUCAGGGAGGUUCUUCCGACCCGGCCUACAGGCUGGGGGAUAAAGCGCAAGCCAAAGAAAGUAAAACGAGUUGGGCUCUCAAGAGGACGGGCGGACCCAUAGAAGUUCCUGUCGAAAAGAAGCCGACGAUGGGCUUCACUUUGGAAUUUCUCAAGAACACCCAGACAAGUCCUACUCUAAAUAUGACAUCAGACAAACUUGGUUCACAGAAUUUGCACCCCAAGACCAAGUCAUCAGAAUCCUCGUAUGCAGAUCAUCUCACCAGUCCAAAAAGAGAAGUAUCCUCUCACAGCGGCCAAGAUCCCAUGACCACGCUCCCCAGAGGGGACGGGGCCUCGGAGUCAGUGGCCACUCUCCUCAAUGACCUCUCAAAGGCCUUGCAGGAGUAUCAGGAAGCCGAGCGCAACAUCUCCCACCUGGAGAAGGAGGACCUCCCUGUCCAGUACCAUCUUUGGGAGCACCUGAGCAAAAUCCGAAACGAGCUCUCGCACAUCCAUCAAGCUCUGGAGCGAACGACUCGCCAGAGCGACGGCCCGUUGGACCUUUCGUUCAAGAGAGACUCCACCGACUCGAAGGGUUUCAGCCUGAAGGACACCAUCGCAGAGACGGACGAGGAGGAAGAGGAGGAGGAGGAGGACAAGGUGGAAGAGGAGCGGAAAGCCACGAGAGCUUCGCUGGAAACUCGUAAGCAGUCGCUGGACAUGCUGAUCAAGAUAAGUAACCCCGGAGCAUCGGCGGUGACCUCGGACGUCCUGACUCAAGGAGCGCUGGCAAUCAGGCACAGCCCCGCCGAGGCCUUAUGGCCAAGCAGAACCACAAAGUGCGAAGCAGACUCCAGCGUGCUGCUCUGCCCCGACGGCAGAUCUGUCAUGUUUGCAGACAUCCCGUGUUCGGCCAAAGCAGCUAAAAGACCGUCGUCCAUACAGCGAGCGGAGGGGCAGUGUCCGCAAAGCCCUUUGCAAGCGGCAGACAAUUAAUCACAUUGUGGCCACAAAAAAUAUCAAGUUGUCUAAGGCUCUGUACAUUUCCGAUAAAAGACACGUCACACACACGCACUGUUAACUUUUGAUUGUCACAGGGUUGUCGGCACAAUCAAUUUGAGAAUCGUUUCCACCACUUUGUGAAUAAUGUGUAAAGAAAUCGUACACUCUUUUAAAGGGUAAAUGAUUUUAUGAAGACAAUUUUAUGUCUGUUGUGAAUUCACUGAAAAUAACAUUGUAUUAUACACACUUUUCUUGGAAUAAAAACAGGAAUAAUAAAUU